CCGAGGUGAAAAACCGCCAAGAGACCAUAGAGAUGACCGACGGAAAGUACUAUGCCGUCUGGAAGUUUGGUAGGACCAGUCACUACACCUGUGGCAUAGCAUCCGGUAUCCAGUCAAACUAUCAGGACCAAAAUGGCAUGGUUUCGGACGAAUGGAUGGUCAAGGACAACAAUGUGCGCCGCCGCUACGACUCCUCCUUUAGUAAACCUGGAGACUCCGGAGCAUUUGUCUGGGACUGUGAUGGCUACGUUUCUGGCAUGCUGUGGGGUGGCAAGAAUCAGACCUUUGUUUCGUACGUGACGCCGAUCGAAGUCGUUCUCGAGGACAUAAAACGGGUCUGCAAGGCGAAGGAGGUCCGGCUGGUGGUGCGUCCUGAGGAGGAAACCAAUGUCGUUUUCGGUCCACUGAAACAGUCACGGCGCGGGCUCGACUUAGAAUCAAACGAAAGUGGUUUCUCCCUGUUUGACGACGAUAUAGACGAGUUGUUUGCGGAACUCAAGACAGGUCUGUAGUCGCUUGAAAGUCAUCGAAUUCUGUAACGUCUUCUCUAGCUAGCUCCGCUUCAAUUGAUUGGCAUGAGC